AACACUUGAAGGGUAACAUAACAGACAAGAGAUACCUGGUACACCUCCCUCAUAUAUGCUCAAAGCAGAGCAAAAACUAUGAGGAGAAGCUGAGUCUUGCGUAAUGAAGGCUACUGUGAAAUAAUUUGCCUGCCGCCAUAAAAGCAGAAAGGGAAAAUGGGGAUGGCGAGUGAGGAUCUGCUGGUGACACUUCAGAUACUACCUGGUUUUUUUUCAAACUGUCUGUUCCUGGCCCUGUACGACUCCGUGGUGCUCGUGAAGCGAGUUGUGUCGCUGCUCAGCAGCUCCAGAUCUGCCGGUUCCGGAGAGUGGCGCCGUAUGUUGACCUCAGCGGGGCUCCGCUCCGUCUGGAAUAGCUUUCUUCUGGACGCCUGGAAGCAGGUGAAACUUGGCUGUGAUGCACCCAACUCUAAAGUGGUGAAAGUGCCUGAUGGCCCUCGGUGUAGCAGCAAUAUCAGUAAUAUGACCAAUGUGCCGACUGGAGCCAGGAUCCGGAAUGGGGUGGAGUGCCGCCUUCUGGAUUUUGAGUCAUCAGACCGCCCUCUGGUGGUUAACUUUGGCUCAGCCACCUGACCCCCCUUCAUCAGUCACCUGCCAGCUUUCCGGCAGUUGGUAGAGGACUUCAGUGACGUGGCUGAUUUCCUGUUAGUGUACAUUGAUGAGGCUCACCCAUCUGAUGGCUGGGUGGCCCCUCCUAUGGGCUCUUACUCUUUCAAUGUACGGAAACAUCAGAACCUGGAGGAGCGGUUGGGAGCAGCACGCAAACUCAUUGAGCACUUCUCACUGCCGCCGCAGUGUCAGCUGGUGGCUGACUGUAUGGACAACAAUGCUAAUGUGGCUUACGGUGUGUCCAAUGAAAGGGUGUGUAUAGUACAACAAAGAAAGAUUGCCUAUGUGGGUGGUAAGGGGCCUUUUUUUUACAAUCUGAAGGAUGUGCGGCAGUGGCUGGAACAGAGCUAUGGUAAAAAGUAGCUGUAAUCAAGGACGAGUAUGGAGGAGGACAUUUCCCUUGUUUCAGUUGGGAAAUUGUGUUUGAGCAUAAAAAGGCAGAAAUGUGAAGCAAAAGCACACCAGUCUGUUCAAACUGAGAUGAACAUGUGUAACAACUUGUGCUAAUGAUGCACAUGAAGUUGAUUGGAAGCAACAUAAGAAGGUGACAGUGUGUGUGCUUCAACUGUAUUUAUGCCUGUUUUUCAUGAUUUCCAUUGAACUUAAAAACCAAAUAACUGAAAUAGGGAAGAAAUCACAAGUUCCUGUUUUAUAAAUAUGUUUGCUAAAGGAAUAGGUUUUUAAUUAUUUUAUGAAGAUUUUAAUAUUUGAAAUUUUUUCAGUGUGGUGAUAUAUUGUUAUGCACUGUGUCAACAACUUAAUUUUAUGUGUUAUCUUUAUAUACCCUCAUUUGACAGCUCUAUAGUGUUUUUUAUUUUUUUCAUUUCAUUUUCCUGCUUAUAAGAAGCAUUUACCCCCGUGGGAGUUUUCAUGUGUACAAUAGUGAAUCAAAGUAGAUUUAAUGUGGCUUUUUGACAAUGAUCAACAGACAAAGACCCUUUAAUGUAAAAGUGAAAAUCUUAGUAGAGUAUUCAAGCCCUAUAAGUUUGGUAAAGUUACAACCUUGAGUCUGUAUGGAUAGGUCUUGGUAGGUUAUGCUUCACUGGACAUGGCUCUGUCAGGUUGUAUGGAGAUCAUGAGUGAACUGCCUUUUUCAAGUCCAGCCACAAAUUCUCAACUAGAUUCAGAUGUGGUUUUUCACUCCAGAAUAUUACUAUUGUUGUUUUUAAGCUAUUCCUGUCUAGCUUUGACCACAUGCUUGGGUAUAUUGUCUUGCAAACAACCCCAAGUAGGUUUUACUACAUUCAUUUCAGCCUGCUGCAGAGAGGUAACCUCAGAGCAUGAUGCUGCCACUACCACGCGUCAUGGUGGGAAUUUUAUGUUGAUGGCAUUUAGAUUCUGAUUAAAAUCUUGAUCAUAGGUUGUUAUAAAUGUUUGUGUGGCACUGCCUGGUGAAUAUGGCUAACUUUAUCUUCUGUCAGUAAUGUAUGUAACAAGACAUACAAGUUUUUAAUGUGUCAUGUUCAUGGGCUGCUCUGAUGUGUAGUUUUGUGCACUUAUGUUUAAUUAUUGUGUGUGGAUUUGGUGUUAGAUCAGAAAUUCUCAACAACUUGGUCGUGCAGUGUUGAUUACUGGACUUUACCCCUUGCAAGCACAUUCAGUUCAACAGCCUCUCUCAUCAUUUCUGCCAAAUAAAACUGAUCCCCUCUGUCAUCAGUGUGCAGCGAAGACUUUACUGCCCUUCCUGACUAGACACCUUUGUGAGCCAGGUUUCUCCUUUAUGUUAGCGAUUAAACAGAAGGCAUUUACCAAACCCCCCCACUCAGAGUGACAGUUAGAAAGUCCAUUUAAGGCCACGUUUCCACCGCAGGAACUUUCCCCAGGAACCAGGAACCUUUUGAGGAACUAUGCGUGUUUCGACCACAGGAAUCAGUGUCUAAAUUUAGUUCUGAGGUAAUUGACCGAAAAAGUCCCUGGUCGGGGGGUAGUAAUUUCCAAAGGUUCAGGCAC